AUGGAAGGAAACAUAGACAACGCCAAACAAUUUCUGAACUCUGAACAAGGGCAAGAGAUGAAGCAACAGCUUUUCGAUAAGGAAGGUAAUCAACCUACCGGAGAUCCUCAAACUGAUUCACCUUCAUACGAUUAUCAAGGUAAUGAAGGUGAACCAGGACAAUACGGUCAAGAAGGUCAAUUCGGCGCUGUCACUGGAAAAGGCUUCGGUGGUGGUUUCUCAGGUAACAACCAAGAUCAAAAUCAAGAGGGAAAAAAAGCAUCUGAGACUAGUGCUUACGAAGGUAUGCAACUUGAUGAUAGCACUUCAUCAGGUGGAUGGGGUGGUAGCGGUGCCAAAGUCUUCAACAGAGAGAACCAAAUGGCUGCAGACCAGAAUCAAGGAAAUGACAACUACAAUGAUGAUGAUGAUCAUCAUAAGGAAGGUGUCAAGACCGGUUACUCAACUCCUGGUUAUAGACGAGAAGGUGAUGAUGAUGAAGAGAACGCUAAGAGAUUAAACCAAAAUGUUUACGGUCAACAAUCCGAUGAUAGAGGUUCAACAGGUAACGAUUACAAUGAAGCUAAUAUCUAA